AUGGGAGGAACUAGAGAAAACAAGGAAGGAGAGGGUUUACAUAGAAAAGGUAAAGAAAAUGGAGAAGAAGCUGGAGGAGUGGAAGAGAAGGGAAGAAUUAUUGAGAAUGGAAGAGGAAAAAAUGAAGGAAAGGGUGAAGGAGCUCGAGAAAAGGAAAAUGAGGGGAAGGAGGAAAAGGAAAAGAAGAAGGAAGAGAAAAAAGAGAUAGAGGUAGGGAACAAGUGGGAAGGAAGAUUGAGGUCGUUGGAGGAAAGUAUUGAGAAGAAAGAGAAGGAAGAGAGAAGGAGGAAGAACGUAAUAAUAAAGAGAGUUCCAAAGGAAAAAGGUGACUGGAGGUGGGGAGUCGAGAAGCUCCUGAAGGAGAUAGGAGCAGAGGUGAGGAUAAAUGAAAUGAGGAGAAUAAACACAGGGAGAGAAGAGAAAGGUGAAAUGGUAUGGGUAAGGUUGAAAAGGGAAGAGGACAAGAGGAUAGUGUGGGAUAAAAAGAAGAGAUUGAAAGGGAGAAAAGUUUGGAUAGAGAAAGAUCUAUCGUGGAAGGAGAGGGGUGAUUGCAGCGGUAGAGAGGAGGAAGGGGAAAACGGCCUGGAUGGUGGAUGA